GGCCUCAGGAUGGCUUCAAGAGCCCCCUGGUCCAGCGAGCAGGAGGCCUUCCUUCCUUCCUUCCAUCCUGAGAGCCUCCUUCUGAGCCUGAGCUUCCCAUCACAUCUUGAAGCCACCUGCCAAUAGCGAAGAAAACCUUGCCUUGACCUGCCAUUGACCAGAGCCUGAAAUACUAAGGUGAGCGUCUAGUAUUGCGCAUUAAGGGGCAGCUUUGAGGCCCUGCAGAGAAGAAGACUCAAGUUGGAGAAGUUAGAAGUCAGGAAGAGGGAGGAGAAGCUUUGCCUUGCUUUCUGUCUUGUCUGUCUGGGGAGGCUUUCAGGUCAUUUCGGACUCUUCUUUUUCUCAAUCCAAGACUCCUGAAGUCCAAACCAUGCGUUAACCUUCUCUAAGCCCAGGCGAAGUGUUGGACUUUCUCUUCAAGUCCUCAAGGCAUUUUCGACCUUCUCCUCGAGGCCUUGGCCUCCCACCUCGACGUCUACCGUCCCUCGGCCAUGGCGGGCCACCCGGGCUACUCUUUCCCGGUCCAAACCCGCCUCAGCCACGUCCAGGCGGGCCCACACUCGGACCCAGGGCCCGCCUUCGUGCCCGAGGCUUACAACGGGCCCGUCUUUGGGUUCAAGCCGGACUACGGUCCCCCGGGCGGGCUCUUGGAGGGCCCCGCGGGCGGAGGCGAGGCGCCCCGGACCUUCUUCCCCUUCUCGGCCGGAGGGGAGGCCUGGUCCUACCCCGCCGGGGUGGCCCUGAGUCCCUACGGGGCCCCUCCGCCUCCCUCCGGGGAAGCCAGGGCCCCCGAGGUCAAGCUGGAGGCGCACUACGCCCAGCCCGCCGACCUGGCCCGCUACUACUACCCGGUGGGCCCCGACGGCGCCGGAGCAGCCGCCUCGUCUUCCUCCUCCUCUCCGGGACACGGGCCGCAGCCCUCCAGCAGCCCCGACAGGCAGGGGCCCGGCAGCCCCGCGGGAAGCAGCUCCAGCACCGGCUCCAUCUCCGGCUCCAGCCCGCCCAGCAGCCCCCUCAGCCACGGGAGCCCCGGGCCCGGCCUGGAGGGCGCCCCACGGGAAGGGGCCCCGGAAGGCGCCGCCGGAGGGGAGGAGGACUCCCAGGAGGACGCCUCAGCAAAAAUGGAACAAUUUGCCAAGGAGCUGAAGCACAAAAGGAUCACAAUGGGCUUCACCCAGGCAGACGUGGGACUGUCACUGGGAUUGUUGUAUGGGAAGAUGUUCAGCCAGACCACCAUCUGCCGCUUUGAAGCCUUGCAGCUCAGCUUCAAGAACAUGAGCAAGCUGAAACCACUCCUCCAGCGUUGGCUGCAAGAAGCGGACAGAAAUGAGAACUUGCAGGAGCAGCUAUGCACCAUGGAGUCGGCCAUGAUCCAGGCUCGGAAGCGCAAGCGUACCAGCAUUGAGAACACCGUGCGGGGCGCCCUUGAGGCUUACUUCCGACGCUGCUCCAAGCCCAGCCUCCAGCAGAUUACUCAGAUUGCUAGUGAACUUGGCCUAGACAAAGAUGUUGUCCGCGUCUGGUUCUGCAAUCGUCGCCAGAAGGGCAAGCGCAACAUAGCACCCAGCCCUCAGGAAGAAAUCAAUGGUUUUGGCCCCCAUGGCUCCCUCCAGGCCCCAUCUCCAGGGCUUGGAGCAGCUCAUCACCAGAUGGGCUUAGCACCCCAGGGCUUUGGUGCGCCUGCCUUUUCUGCCUUUUAUCUGUCCCCCUUCCACGAUGGAGACCACUUUGCCCCCGCCAACUCAGGCUCUGCAGUCAUGGGCCACCCCAUGCAUUCUAUUUGAGGUGCUCUCUUAAGAAGCCCCCUAUGUUUUGAGGAAGAGAAUGGUCCUACAUCUGGUCUUUUAAGGAAAGGGGGCAACCUAGAGGAAGGGGAAAGAGCAGGGGUGUAGUUUGGGGUCUCUCUUUUUAAACAUAGUUAAGGAUAACCAGACUCCUUUUUGAAGGCAACCUCUUUUAGAUACGAUUUGUAAUCAGGAUUUUAAAUUGUGUUCCCAAGCUGAAACGCAUCAAGAAGUCACAGCCAUUUAAAAAAAAUAUGUAUGAGCUUUCAUUUUCUUAGAGCCCUUGAUAUGUGUGGUCUGCCGGUCUAUCAGUAGCUAUAGAAGUUAAGGAGAAAUUAAUUAAAGUAUAUCCAGUCUCUUCUCUGGUCUUUACCUUGCCCUCCGGAAAUUAAACAACCCAUAGGUUUUAGGAGAGAGGGAAGUGUGCCAGCUUUCCUUGGUCAAGCACUCUCCAGAUGUGUUGGGCUACAACUCCCUAGCUAGCUCGGGAGCGGUGGGAGUUGUAAUCCAACACAUCUGGGAGUAUUAAGAUGCUAGAGGACAAAGUAAAUACACUGUUGAAAUCAGUAGGGCUCAGAAAUUCUUCGCAGUUGUGUUGUUCAUGCUGGAGAUGGCAAACACAUUCUGAUAUAAAAAGGAAUGAGAUGCAAAAUCAGAUUGCUUUGAAUCUGUAAGGGGAGAAUUGUAAGCUUGAAACACUUGCCCAUGAAACAAAAAUACCUGUUCAUAGAAUUCAAGUCAGAACUUUCUUUCAACUUCACCAUCUUCUGAGUGAGAUUUCAUAUUAUGCAGGCAGAGCAUAAUUUCUUUCUUGUGCAAUUUUGGUAAGCUGUCACUUCUGCCACCACUGAAGACAGCUUCUCCAUACCAAGUCAUGUUCCAAAGCAUAUUUAAUGGAGGAAGAGUGUAGUUUAUAUUGGUGGUGGGCAUCAGACUAGCAUCUGACUACAAUUAUGUAACCAGAGUAAAAAAGAAACGGCAUCUACGGUGGGGUGGUGGCAAUGGAUAUCAUGUAAGGAGGUACUGAAUACCUCCUUGCACAACUAAUGUGAAAGCAUAUAUGCUUGCCUAACCCCAGAGUACUUAAGUGUAUGCUACCAACAAGAUCCUGCUUUUUGUCUGCAGAUAAAUAGGAAAUACACAAAUGUUUGAGGGAUGUAGGAACUAAGGCAAUGGUAGGAUUUCACCCAUUCUUCAUUAAAAGCCACAACUUGAGUUAUCCUGCCUAGCAGCUUUCCUUAACUAACCCAUCCCUAAAGUUUUAAAAUAAGCAGUGACUGAAGCAGUAAUAAGUCUUUGACUAAGGAGUGCCUCCAGAAAUUGUUUCAUCUUUUAAGUCUUGACUAUUCUUCAGAGUAGCUUUCAUCCCAGAUCUUUGGUUCUCCAGAAGAUGUUGGCUUUAUACUAAUUAUCAAACCCAACUAGAUCAACCAGUGUUCAAGGAUAACAGGAGCUGUGAUCCAACAUUGUGGAGAACCAUGGGUUUUUCUAUCCCUGUCGUAGAUGCUUACUUAAUCUCUUGAGCCACAAAGUCAGUUUUCAAAUCUGGUGUGUGCUAUUUGUGGAGGGACUUUUGCUCGUCCCUCUUCUCAGUUACUUGAACGUUCAAAAGUUGGGGCAGUGGAGUAUUUGUAGCCUCUUCUCAUUUGUGUGAUGCAAGAUGUGUGUGUAUAUAUCACUUUUCUCAGUGGAUUUAUUAUGAUUUUUCAACCUUUCCUCCGCUAUCUUCUUUUGCUGUACUGAAACAAUCCUUUUAAGAAAGAAAAAUGUGAAACUGAGCAGGAGGCACUGAAGAUCUUCCUUCCUUCCUUCCUUCCUUCCUUCCUUCCUUCCUAUUUCUAUUUUGUUUUUACUAUUUGCUUUGGUGUGGGAGAGGAAUUUUGUGGUGGGUUUUUUAAAAAAAAUGCUCGGUAAUCAUUUGGUCUCUGUACUUAAAUUUUAUGAUGAGCUCCUGACACUCAGACUUUUAUGCAUGACAUGUUUUUAUAGGAGAGAGACCCCUAAUAAAGGUUACUAAACAUA